UGUUGUGGGCACCAGUCCGCGAGCCCGCCCUCUUCCCCUGCGGUCGGACCCGGAGCCCUCUGCGAGCUCCUAAUUGUUGCUCCAGGUUCUUUCAGGUCUGCGUGUCUGUCCUCAGCCCUUUGAAAGGCUAGAAAAGGAAGAGGAAUCUGAUCAGAAUCCCUGCAGGACAGGAAAAGGAGGGGAAAUCUCAACAUGGAAAAACUCUGCAGUGAAAAUGAAGGAAUGUCUGAGAACCAAGGAGAGAUGGAAUACAAAGAACAGCCACAGGCUGCAGGAAAGCCAGAAGUAGCUUGUACUUUGGACGACAAGGAAAAGUUAGAAAAUGACAGAAAGAGAGAAGAUGAAAUACUAAAGGAUAAGGAAAAGCCAGAGAGUAUGACAAAGCCAAAAGAUGGAAAUCCAGAGAGUGAGGGACAACCAGUGAGCAGGGGAGAGCCAAAAGAAGGAAAACCAGUGAGUGAGGGAAUGCCAAAAGAGGAAAAAUCAGAGAGUGAGGGAAGGCCAGUGAAUGAGGAAAAGCCGAAUGAGGAAAAGCCGAAUGGGGAAAAGCCAAAAGAUGAAAAGCCAGCCAGUGAACCAAGGGCUGCUGGAAAGCGCCCAGCUGGGGAUGAUGUACCCAGGAAGGCCAAAAGAAAAACCAACAAGGGACUAGCUCAGUGCCUUAAGGAAUAUAAGGAGGCCAUCCACGAUAUGCAUUUGAGCAAUGAGGAGAUGAUAAGAGAAUUUGACGAGAUGGCCAGGGUGGAGGAUGAGGUGAAGAAAACCAGACAGAAAUUGGGGGGGUUUAUGUGGAUGCAAAAAAGUUUACAGGACCCCUUCCAUCCGAGGGGCCCAAGGGAACUCAGGGGUGGCUGCAGGGCCCCACAAAGGGGCUUUGAAGACAUUCCUUUUGUGUAGUGCCCCCUGGUAGCCAUUUGUCAGGCCUUGUGCUUUAACCUUAUGCUAAUACUUGCUUUUAGCGGAUCACUAUUACCCAACUGCAGCUCUCUAUGUUUCAGUAGCAAAUUGUUGUCCAUUGCAUGGAAAAAUGUUUAUGGCACAUUGUAAAAUUAAAAAGAAAAAGUUUAAUGAACCAUGUAUAUGACAUCAGUCCAUUUUUGUAAAACUACCGAGGUAUUUACAUAGUGAUCUGUGUACAGAGAAAGCUGUGUCCUGGUUAUCUGUGGGUGAUUUUGUUUUCUGUUCUUUUUUUAUCCAUUGUAUAUGUUCUCUUAAAAAACACAGAUUACUUUCAUCAUAAAAACAAAUAUAAAGAGUAGGAAAACAAUGUAUAACCCAGCAACCAAAAUAACUGUUGAGUUGAAUGCAGUGGAGAUACCUAAGAUUCUUGGUCAGGAUGUAAAAUGUUUUGUAAAACUAUUAUGUUUGGGCCUGGAAGCUGAAAGACUCAACAUGGCUGUUACUACAGAUCCAUUGCUGUAAGAGACAGUCUUGUCAUCUGUCAAAUGGGGUAAAACUUGCCUUCUAAGGCUGUAGAGAAGAUUAGAUGAAGUAAUGAGUGUGUGAGCUGUGUUGGGCUGGCUCCUACCCUUUGCCCUGCAGUAGCAGAACCAAACCUGUGUCUGAUGUUUGGGAAAGGGAUAAGGGAGGUCUCAGUUGCAUCCAGGAAUAAGUCAAAUAGAUAGAAGGUGGGUGCCACUCUCCCCUGGGUAAUGCCAUAUCUCUUGGGCACUGUGCCUCUUCUCAAGGGCUCUGUACCCUCCUGAACCCCCAUGGCUGGAGACCAUGAUGGACUAAGGCAACACUGUCUCAAUAGAAAGGUGGAGGAUUCCUCUCUACCUACAACAGUUACACUAAAUUCAGGUGGGUAGUAUCCAAUUGUUACUUGGGCCUUGACAUAAAGAUUUUAUAAAACAUUCCUUUACAGAACUUUUGUUGGUUUGUAUGUGUAUUUGCAUACAGCCAUCUCCACUGGAUUUAGAUACUGGAGAUUGAGCCACAAAAAUCUGAGUGACCAGAUGCUGUGCUAUGCUCAUCUGUUAAUUUGUUGUCUGCUGACACUUUUUUCUUAGGAGGAAUUGUCUCUCAGGGAAUUCCUGUUAAGCCCUGCCUUACACUUCAACAGAUCCAUCUACCUAUGUAAUUUCCACCGCCUUCCCCCCCAACCCCGUUCUUCAUUUGCCUUUUAUUUGCUUUUAGUGCUUUUUAAAUAAAUUUUUAUCUUAGGACAAUUGUAGAUUUACAGAAUUAUUGCAAAGUUAGUUUGGAGUUUCUAUGUAUACCCCAUACCCAGUAUCCUCUAUUAACAUCUCAGUAUGGUGCAUUUGUCACAAUAAACCAAUAUUGAUACAUUA